GCAUCAUCUGCGUUUGCGCCAAUUUCCAUUGCCCCGUCUGUGUGUGCCGUGAUCACAGUCAACAACAUUAAUCAAACGAGCUGUCGAUCUCAAUCUUCCGUCCUUCGACUGACCCGGGGAGUCCCUUAGGUUAUACUGACUAUAUUCAUCACCCUCUUUCCUGCCUUCCCUUGUGACGACCACCAGCCAGCCAGCCGUUUCUCGCCGCAGAGUCCAACAGCCAAUCUACAAGACCUUCACUACCGAUCGAUCUGACUUGCCUUGAGCAUUCGCUCUAACUCCUCAUUGUUUUUCGAACGCCUCAUUCGCCCGCUCGAGUACAAUUGGACACAAGGACUAGAGACUUGGAGAGAAAGAACAUGAGCACACCUGCCUCGACCUUAUCUACAAUGUCGAGCCGCAAUAAUUCGCCACGACCUGGAGUCGCAGGACCCAGCGCACUCAGAACUUCGCACAUCGCACCUCGAUCUGCCGCAAGUCCUAGUACAGCGACGCGCGGCCUGAACGUCGGCUCGGCCACACAGACCAUCACGCCGCCGGACAGCGCAAGCUCGCGGAGUGUCUCGCCGGAACCGCUUGUGCUGAGACUGCGUGGCGCACACGAUGCGAGUGGGAGCACCUCGCUGAGAAGGAGAAUAACCUGGGCCGAAGAUGUAGUUGACAACGAAGGACUGGGGCGGAAGAGCAGUAAAGUGUGCUGCAUAUAUCAUCGGCCUAGGGAGUUCGGGGAGAGUUCGAGUGAGGAGGACAGUAGUGACAGUGAUUCCAACAGUGACAACAGCGGAGGGGACAGUGGCGAUGAUGGAGGGGCGAGGAUGACUGGGAACAGACGGGGCCGGAAGUUCGAGCAUAAUCAUGGGAAGGGUGCUGGAGGGGAUGGCUGUGGAAAAGGAAAGGGGAAGAGGAAGCCGAGUCCGAAUGCGUAUGAGAAGAUGCCCAGCUAUCAUGCCAAGGGAGGGCAGCAACAGGUGAAGAGAUGAGCUCGACUUCGAUAUGGGGAAGCAGGGCUUUCCUCCAGACCGACGAUGAGAUGAACGGCGACAAGGAAUGAAUGUGCAUAGUUGGAAAUCUUGCACGAAUGCGAUCAUGGAACAACAGCACGGGAGAAGGGAAGCUGCCUUGGAGACAGAGGUAGUGUUUCCCCUUCGCAUCUUGACCUCGACUGCAUUGCCACUGGCUGUGGAGGUGCUUAUGGUUCAUGACAUUGUUGGAAAGUGGGCACGAGCGUCUGCUCGCGUGUGCAAUCAUAUGAGCGGAGGCGUUACGGGGGUAUGACUUCUUGGGGACACAGAUUGUUCUCGAUUGGCGGUCUUUCAAAUGCAAUUCGUGGCUUGAGGGCCCGUUUCUCUUCUUCUGAUAUUUUUGCUCAAAUCUUUCUUUGUUCUCGGGCACGACAUACGGGGGACUGCCUGGUAUUCCUGCGGUGGCCGAUGCCCGGCAUGGCGAGUCUUCAGUGAUCACGCCGACAGCAGACACUUUGAGAUCUCAGACACUGCUGCCCUCCUAUCGCGCAAGCUGCUCGCUUUGGAGGACUUCACACACGGGCCGAUGGCAAUGCAUCCAGGGCAAGUCCCUCCACUGACCUGCAGACAAGCCUUUGCGGUCGAAAAGAAGCUCCAGAUCAUCGACACUUAAUGCUGCCAAAUGUGUACCCCAUUCAUGAUCUCCCAUCAGCUUUCCAGGCACAUGCCCACUCAAGAACUGCAAAAGGGCCCGCCAGUGACCUCAAGACGCAUGCACAGUAAGCCUCAUAAGGUUGAGGGAAACCCUGUUCAUUGCGGAGGAACCACCUUCAGGGGCGGCCAGGGUUUGACGCCAAUGCAUGAAGUUCUAUCCGCGAACCCGCCGUGCGCACUAUUGUUCAUGCUGGUCAGCGUGCUCCGUACAGCGCGAUUGAUUGUUGUUGGUCUUGAUGAGGCUCUGAUGUGCAAACGUGCAGAUUAGGCAGCGCACACUUUCCGCGACACCUACAAGGACUCGUAUUGAGGGGAUCCUGCAGUCAUCCUCUCUCUCGUGCUGACCAUUUCGCUACUGGUUCGACUCCUGACGCAACGACGUGAAGACUAGUUAGGUUACAACAAGGUUCAAUAUUCGAUGAUCAGAGAUGGAGCCAAGAGUCAUAUUUUAGUUACUUGCAUGAGCAACCACUGCAUUAAGUAUGGCUUUGGUGGAUAAGGAGAUCUACU